AUGGCCUUUUUGGGGCUCAUUAUUGUAUGCUCUUUGGCUACUGUCGCCUUUGGCAUCAUUUACGUCUUCGUUGACUAUGUUCGCGUCCUCCGACUCAGGCAGAAAAUGGCUCCAGGGCCUUUUCCACUGCCCCUCUUUGGCAACAUCUUUCACAUCCCACCUAUCAGACAAUGGAAAAAGUUCGAGGAAUGGUCCUUGAAGUAUCACUCCCCAAUCAUCACCAUUUGGGAUGGCCACACCCCCAUCAUGAUCUGCAAUGAUGCUUGGUCAAUGUCCGAGCUUUGUGACAAGCGCGCAAAUACUUAUUCUUCCAGAGCCGUGAAGACACUAACCGGCAAGGUGUUUGGUCUUCACAAGUUCAAUCAAGCCGGCCUUCAAUACGGAGAGCAGUGGCGUAUACAUCGCAGACUUACCCAUUCUGCCGCAAAUGCCCAAGUUGUGCAAACGUAUCGUCAGAUGCAAGCCAACGAAGCCAAGCUAUUGAUCAAGGAUUGCCUAGAGGACUCUGAGAGAUUCGUCUCGAGUGCCUUGCGAUUCACCGUCUCCAUCGUGUCCGUCAUUGCUUGGGGCAGGCGUAUCAGCAGCGAGAAUGACACAGUUCUGAAGGUUGCGCAAGCCUUUGUCGGCAGCGCGAACCUUGGUUUCCCGGGGAAAACGUACACAGAGGCUAUCCCAUUUCUUACCAAGAUGCCGCCGUGGCUGAAUCCGCUCCCGAACCAACUCAGAAAACUUGCCGAGACCUCCAACAAGUACUUCUAUGCCUUGUCUGCAGAGGGCGCGGAGGCAUCGCGAGACAACUUUGCAAAGAGGCUCCUCAGGGAGAAGGAAGAACAUGGCCUAAGCAAGGUCGAGAUCUCGAAUUUGACGGGAAACUUCAUUGGCGCCGGUGUUGACACGACAACUAGUGCAAUGUUGACAUUCAUCCUGGCCAUGUGUCUUAAUCAAGAUGUUCAGACCAAAGCCCAGGAGGAAAUUGACCGCGUCAUCGGCCAAGGCAGAUACCCUGAUUGGUCGGACGAGGACAAUCUACCCUACGUUGCGGCUAUCAUCAACGAGACUCUUCGUUGGCGACCCCCGUUUGCGCUGGGAGGCCCUGCUCAUGCUCCCAUUCAAGAUGAUGUCUACGACGGAUAUCUCUUUCCGAAAGGGACUGCCAUCAUUGGCAACCUCUACGCCAUUCAGCGUAACCCUCGGGAGUAUCCCCAACCCGACAGGUUCUGGCCAGAGCGGUUCCUGGACGGCUUCAAUAGGCCUGCCUACCCGAACAAGAGGGGUCACAACACGUUUGGCUGGGGCCGUCGCGUUUGCAGUGGAGAGGCUCUUGCGCAACAAAGUCUUUACUUCACGAUUGUGUCCCUGCUCUGGGCUUUCCGAAUCCUCCCGGGCCUUGACGAUCAGGGCAAAGAGAUUGUGCCGGACCCUGACGCCUACACAACUUCUCAGGUAAACCGACCAAUGCCCUUCAAGUUGCGACUGUUGCCUAGGUCGGAGUCUAUUGCGAGACUUAUUAAACAAGAGGCCCAGGAGGCCAGACUGGAGCUUCGGGCCUACGAUGCUGACACCACCGUCACGUUUGAAAGUGCCCAGUCGAUUUCUCUCGAUAUGCCCAUCUCCAAGGCAGAAAAGAACUCGGGCUUGUAG